AUGGAUACUUUUGAUGCUUAUGGUCCUAAUUCUCAAGCCUUAACUUUCUUUGACCCUGAAGAGAAUGAUUUGAUUGGAGGAGAUACUCAGGUGUUUGAUUAUGACUGUUCUGAUUUCACUGUGCCUUCACAGUCUCAAACACAGGCCUCUCAACUUGACCCUGAUAAAACAUGUUUCUCUCAACAACAUGAUGGGUCCAAUAGAAUGAAUAUACUGUCUCAAAGUGUUGCUGAUCUAGACUUCAAAGAUGUGAACGUAGAUGAUUCUAACGCUGAUUUACGAGAGCGUGCGUGCGCUUAUUGUGGUAUUGAUGACCCUGCUUGUGUAGUGCUUUGUAACACUACAGCGUUGAAUACUCCACAAUAUUCCGAUUACUAUUGUUAA